UUAGGUCCAGAUUUCUGGGGACGUCUUAACCCUAAGUGGAGUCUAUGCAGUCGCGGUCGACGCCAGUCUCCCAUUGAUAUCAAUCCUAAAUUAUUACUAUUUGAUCCCAAUCUCAAUCCCAUUCAAGUAUACGGCGAUUAUGUAAACGGGAAUCUGCAAAACUCUGGUCGGGGUAUACUAUUCAAAGUGAGUGCCAACCGUACGGUAAACGGGAAUCUGCAAAACUCUGGUCGGGGUAUACUAUUCAAAGUGAGUGCCAACCGUACGGUUAUCAUAAGCGGUGGACCGCUUUCCUAUCAGUACACACUUAAAGAGAUGGUUUUGCAUUACGGACGUGAGAACGACAGGGGCUCUGAACACACCAUUAGUGGCCACCAAUUUCCUGCCGAAAUCCAAUUGUAUGCCUUUAACUCGCAAUUAUACGCCAAUUGGACGUCAGCUCAGGGCGAGGCCAACGGCGUGCUGGCCAUCGCUGUGCUCAUCGCUCACACACAGCAAUCGAUCGGCGGUAACGCACAGCUCAAACACAUCACACAUACACUCAAGAAUAUCACCGCCAAAGGUGACAAUCAAUGGAUUAGUUCUUUGAGUGUCAGAGAAUUAUUGCCGACUUUGAGGCAUUACAUCACAUACGAGGGAUCACUAACACAGCCGUCGUGUCACGAAACGGUCACAUGGAUUGUGUUGAAUAAACCCAUUUACAUGACUUUCCAUCAGUUUCAUCAGUUAAGGACAACUAUGCACAGCGAUGGACACGGAGACAACUUCCGACCACUUCAACACAUCAAUCAUAGGGCUAUGCGGACCAGUAUUAACUUUCAGGAACCAACAAAUGAAGUGGAGGUCGAGCUUAAGGAACGGUUGCCUAAGAAGUCCUCCUCGACGUCGUGCUCUAUGGAGAGAUCAAUGAUGUACAGAGCGAACAUUAAACUCGAUUCUGAGGCCGAGAAUCACUUAUAGAUGGGUUGUGUGUAUAUAUUUUGUUCGGCGCCAAUACUAUAACCCAUACAACACAACACAUAUACACAAUAUUCUGGAGCUCUAAACGCAUCAAAAAACAUCAAUAAUAUUUUGUGCGAACACUUGAGACUAAUUUAUUGUUUAGAAUAUCUCUCUAUUCUACCACUUCUUCUCUCUUCGCAUAUAAACUAUAAUAACAUUUUGAGGCAAAACUAAAGAUCAGUAUAACUAUUGCCAGAAUAAACAACACAUCAUUUUCAUUGGCAACACAUUUGACGCUAACUUUUACGCCAACAAAAUAUACUCUUCUAAUACACAAUCCAUUUGUUGUA